AUGAUAGAUAUAUGCACAUAUGACAUUGCCAUCUUUGUCUUCGUAGCCUUGUGGAGGAAUGGAUGUUUUUUUUUUUUUCUCUCAAGAAAUGUGGACAACACAGUAACCAUGCAAGGACUUCCAGCUUCCGAUACCUCCUCUGAAAAACUGAAUCCCACCCACCAAAAUAUAGGGGCUGUUCAAAUGAGGAUCAAAAAUGCCAACAGCCACCAUGACAGGCAUAGCCAAAGUAAAUCAAUGAUCCUUUCUGAGAAUGUGAAGGUCAAAGAACCUAUAUCUCGUCAUAGAAGGAAUCAUUCCCAACAUAACUUAAUACUCACAGACAUCAUUAGCCCAAAGGAACAAACGGUAGUGGAAAAAGAAGGAUAUCUUCUAAAAGCUAAAAUUGCAGAUGGAGGCAAGAAGUUAAGGAAAAACUGGUCUACUUCUUGGAUCGUUCUUGCUGGUGGGAAAAUAGAAUUCUACAAAGAAUCCAAACAGCCAGCAUUGGCCAAUCUGAAAGCAGGCUAUAAACCAGAAUGGGUGGAUUUGUGUGGAGCUAACAUUGAAUGGACUACAGAGAAAUCUAGUAGAAAGAAUGUCUUUCAGAUCACAACGAUAUCAGGAAAUGAGUUCCUCCUUCAGUCAGAUAUUGACUUCAUCAUAUUGGAUUGGUUCCACGCUAUCAAAAAUGCAAUUGACAGAUUGCCAAAAGAACAGAGCUGUACACCAAGAAAUCUGGAGUUCAAACUUCAAAGAUCCUCUAGCAGUGAAUUACUGAGCAGCUUAAGUACUGAGUCCAAAGAACCAAAGUCUGAACACAGAAAAUCUCUAAUUUUCAGACUGAACUACAGUGCCUCUGAUACAAAUGACAGAAAUCGAGUCAAAAGCAGAUUAAAGAAGUUUAUCAACCGAAGACCCUCGCUGAAAACGUUGCAAGAAAAAGGACUUAUUAAAGAUCAAGUUUUUGGCUCCCAUUUGCAGUUAGUGUGUGAGCACGAAAAUUCCACAGUCCCCCUAUUUGUAAAACGGUGUAUAGAAGCUGUUGAAAAAAGAGGUUUGGAUGUUGAUGGAAUAUACAGAGUUAGCGGCAAUCUGGCAACAAUACAGAAGUUACGAUUUGUUGUCAAUCAGGAAGAGAAGCUGAAUUUGGACGACAGCCAGUGGGAGGACAUCCACGUUGUCACCGGAGCACUCAAGAUGUUUUUCAGAGAGCUGCCUGAGCCACUGUUCCCAUACUGCUUCUUUGAACAGUUUUUGGAGGCAAUAAAAAAUCCAGACAGCAACACUCGAGUUAAGUCCAUAAGGCAUCUUGUACAGAAGCUCCCUAGGCCAAACCGUGACACAAUGAAAAUCCUCUUUGAACAUCUGAAAAAGUAA